UUCAGCGUCGACAGCAGCAGCAGCAACAGCAAGGUUGAAUUGAUUACCGUCAUCCCAAGACGAUUCGGCCAUAAUGCACCUCAGAGACAUAAAAACCAGAACCUGCGGGUCACGUGCGUGCGUGACAGAUGUGAGAUACCUCUAAUCAUCAGGUGUGACUGCUACCUGUGUUCAUAACAAAUAUGGACACACACGGCCCGCUCCCGCCUCCACCGUCCUACGAGGAAGCACAAGGACUUCAGAUCACAGUGCCUAGAAGUUCCGCUGUCGACAAUGAGGACACACCGCCUUCAAUGCCGUUGCUGGGUGUCAUCGGAGGGAAUGAUUCUGCAUCGGACACAGAAAACCAACAUUUCGGUCAGCUUGGGGCGUUUCCUGCCAGUACAGUUGCUGUUUCCUCAAACAAUGGCACAGCAUCAUACACCAACGUCAUUUCCGGGGCUUCAGCAAGUGUACCUCCUGUGAUGGACACACUUUCGCCAACAUCCAUCCCAAUCCCCCCGGGUCACGUUCCCGUCAUAACGUGUCAUAGCUGUGGAGCAAGACAGCAAAUUGGACAAUACUCGUUCUUACCAAAGACUCAAGUGGUUGGUCAGCAGGCACGUGUUAGUGGGAUGGCCUUUUACUCUUCUCAACCGUCAGGGGUCGCUGGUGCGGCCCCUACUUAUAUGAUAACGGCGGGGCAGCAACCCGGCUAUCCUCCGUCUGUACCGGCUAGCGGUGUUGUGCCGUCUCAACAACAAUGUAACGUAGCAGUUCAUUACAAUGCCAGUCAAGGAACAGUUCACUCAACACCUACCACUGGUCAGAACGGCACCGAGACACCUGCCGUCACAGCGACUGAGGAGUCGAACCUCGGGUGUUUUCGUAUUUGUUGUGGAACUGUGAUCGGGACAAUCGUCCUUACUAUGAUCAUUGUGCUUUCAACCAGUCAAUAAUACCUAUCUAUUGUUAUGUUACAAUCACGUGACAUGAUUUAGACAUUCAUAUACAUCCAUCCCGUAUAAUCCGUUGACCUGUCUAAUCCGACACCUUGUGGAUACGACCAACAUGUCGGAUAGUCCUCCUAUACAAGACUUCGAAUGUUCAUAUCAUGAUUUUCAACAUUUAUUACCAGUUAUUUAUAUUUUUAGUAAAACAAUGACAGUUAUACAUUUUACAGAAUAAACGAACGAAACGAAUCCAUCCCCAUUAUUUCCAUUGGUAUAUGCGACUCCACAACUUCGUUUCGUAUGAUAUGUUUUUCAUUAUACACUGCAAGAAGUUCCGAGUGUUCUUUCUCCAGAACGUUUCGCAAUGGCUCAGUAAUACUCUAGCGAGAAAGACACACCACCUGAAAAAAAAUGUUAAACGGUUCAUAAAUUCAUCCCCAACAAUAAAGGUGUGUAUUUUUUAAGUCAUUAAAUAUCCAUCUUUGCUGGAAUCAUUCAUUCUUGCUGACAUUAUAAAGUUAUUUGAAAUAUUAACCACGAACAGUCCCCGGUGGAUAUUUGCGGAGAUUUGCUCCGUGUUUUGAGCAAAUAUCGAUAUGACUUCGAGGUUCAACAUAUAUCAAAAAUGUAAAUAUCCGAUAACUAAUUUUAAAAACCACGAUAUGAACCUCCAAAGUCUUAGAGGUGGAUGAAGGUGUCAGAACCGCAUUGUUUAAGUUCUUUAUUAACUUUGAGUCUUUCGACUCAUCAGGUUGGAACCUCCGCCAUGUGACUCACACUCGAGGGGUUCCGAAAGAGUCAGAAGUGUUAUUAACUGCAUGGGACAUAUUACUGAGGAGUUGUAGAAAUAUGGGACAUCUGUGUAUUAUUUUCAACCUGAAUAUUGUAUCAUGAUUCAUAAGAUAUCCCAUACAGGCCCUUGGGGCCUAUACUUUACAUGAGUAUGAGCAAUUUUCAUAUUCACGAGUUUCUAACGAAAGUCGUCAUUCGUUUAACUUUGAGUCUUUCGACUCAUCAGGUUGGAACCUCCGCCAUGUGACUCACACUCGAGGGGUUCCGAAAGAGUCAGAAGUGUUAUUAACUGCAUGGGACAUAUUACUGAGGAGUUGUAGAAAUAUGGGACAUCUGUGUAUUAUUUUCAACCUGAAUAUUGUAUCAUGAUUCAUAAGAUAUCCCAUACAGGCCCUUGGGGCCUAUACUUUACAUGAGUAUGAGCAAUUUUCAUAUUCACGAGUUUCUAACGAAAGUCGUCAUUCGUUUCCUGAAUUCCUAGUGAGCGUUGUAAAGAAAAUAUUUCUGGUUUGCUACCGAUUGGGCGACUGCGAAAUAAUUCAGCGCCAUUUAAAGAUGUUUCAUCUACAUUUUACAUGUACGUCCUAAAAUGAUGAUUAGUAGCUUAGAAAGAGAGGAAACUACGUAACAAAUAAAGAGGGGGUAUACGAUAAAAUUCCUUCAAGAUGCCAUUGCUCAUUUGAUCAAAUUUAAAUUUCAAAGUAAAAAUUUUAAUCUCAAACUUUAGGAGGGCGGUAACAGCGAGAAAUGUUUAACUUUUUGUAUAGUGUUCAAUUACACAACAACCCAUUUUUUAUUUCAACUCAUCACAAUUACUGCUUGUCGGCAAUGUAACAAGUUCAAAGCUAUGAUAUUAAGUAUGAUCAUCAUCAUUUCAUCAUGAUCGAUAUCGUUGUGUUCGUCCUUACCUUAUAAUAUCGUUAUUGUAAUUUAUAUUGAAUGUUUUUACCAUAAUUACUGAAAUAUCCAGUUGAGCGAAGCAACCCCCGUGGGCCUCUUGUCUAAUUGUUGCUAAAAAUGAGAAUUAUACGGGAUAGGGAUUAAUUUAUUUAAUAUAAUAUUUAAUUUAAUAUUUAAUUUAUUUUGUGUUUUUAAUGUGAAUUUGAAACCAAGAUAUGUCUAUAUUACGUUAAGAAGAGAACUCUUUUGUGCGGGUAUGUCACGUGCCUUACUUGCACACUUUUCUAUAUAUUCUUCCGCCCAAAAAACAAGUGCUACCAACAACGCCAGAUGGAACGUUUCGGUAUGGCACUGAACGUUGAUAUAGUAUUAAGUAUUAUAGUGUUGGUAUUAAGUGAUUAUAGAAGCUGGCAAUGGUGUUGUGUACGAGUAAUUUCCCUUCGUUGUUAUUCUCUUUGUCGGAACCAAUUGGAACUGAUAAGAAGUAUUUAUGAUUUAUCAAAUCUGACGAAAUGAAAGCGAGUUCCCCCUAACAUCUUAACCAAUACAAUAAAUCAAUCCAUUAUCACAGGUAGCUUUAACCUUGAAAUGCCGCCGUCGGUUUUUAACCAUUGUCAGUUUUAUAUUCACGUACACGUAUAUAUGGGGACCAUAAAGAAGGAGGUUUAAUUUUCUGCUUUCUAUUAAAAAAUAACGAAUAUUUCUUUUGCAGAAAUUUCAUAUCAGGGUUUAUUUUUCUUGUUUCAUUUUUAUUUCGUUUUCUUUUUCAUGAACCUGUGUUAUAGGCUCUCGAAAUAGCGAAAAAUCCGGUAAAUGAUACUCAUCCGGAACUCCUCGGGGAAUCAACAAUACCCGAUAAGUUCAGGAUGGCAUGGUCCUUUGAAUCGCAUCAUUUCAUUGGUUAUCAGUUUCAUGCUAUUAAACAGAUGCGUGAAAUUUUAAUAAAUGUAUUCGUUUCAUAUUAAUUUGAAUUUUUAGUUUGAUAUGAACGUUGGCCGUAAAUAUUUAGUAGUGUUAACAAGUUGUGACUGUAAAUGGUUUCAAAAUUGAUUAUUGUUGUAAAAAUAGUUUGUAUCGGGGUAACCAAUGUCAUAUUGCUGUCAAUCAAAUGACGAACUACGAAUAAUAGAAAUAAUGAACAGAUCUUUUAAUAUAAUCAUAUGCUUGAAUACGACAUUCCUAGUGCUAAGGUAAAACGCAGGUUUGAUAAGGACCUAAUUAUUCAUAAAUAUUUAACCAUUUCACCUUUAGGACAUGACGAUAAAAGUCAUCAGUAAGCUAAACCAAGCUUUCAAUGACACCAAGACUGUGGUUCAGCGAUUCUGAAAACAUUUCUAAAUGAAAUAACUAAGCAUUACGCAUUUAAUUUUUGCAUAUUUCUUUUUAAGAAUUGUAUACAAAAUGAGAAAUUGUGCACAUUCUUAUUUAAUCGUAACAAUUAGUUUAGCACUUUUCCCGAUAAAAACAAUUCUGCUAAUUUUUUAAUUGAAGCGUUGCCUCACAAUGUCAAGGUCACGUUAUUAUGUGUGCACAUAAAGUACAUUUGCCAUUUUUUAAAUUAUCAUACACAGUCUUUUGGUUGAACGCAAUCCGGUAUUGUACAGAUGUGUAAUGUAUUGUACACUACAUGUAAGCUAUAUUUGCCAUGUAUUCGUUAUAUAUGAAAUAGUAUUUUCUGACUGUA